CGCCGCUACCACCUCGAAUCUUGUCUUGUGUCGCAGUGGCCAUCGUCGGGUUCAGUUAAAGAUAUGACAGGCAUAUGGAUUCGCACGUUUGUCACGAUUCCUGAACUGAAGGACGCCUAACGUGUAGGAGUUGUAUCUGAUAAUGGUUUGGCGAACUUUCCUUGAACAGCAACAGUUCAACUCAAAUCUGGGGAUCGAUGUCUCGUUUAACAUAACCAUUUAGAAUGUGGGGCAUAUAAAAAAGUUUAACCAGAAGAAUUUGCAUUGUUGUGCAGCACUAAAAAUAUGUUUUUUUUUAAUACAUUUUAACAGGGAAAUCCCUUGCCUUGCAUGAUUCAUAACGGACCGAUGAUUCGGCUUUAAAGAAUUCUAGGAAAUGACGAAGAUCAUUCCACGUCCCGUAUGAUUUCGGGUAGUCAUUGGAAGUAAGGUAGAGAUAACACUCGCUGAUUGGCCACCUAGUCGGAUCGACGACACCACUAGCAUCAUGGAGGCGGCCGCCUCUGGGUAUGCUGAUUGUUUCGGCAACGGAGGCAGCGGGCCCGGUUUGAUGGACGUUCACAGCCUCUCGGCAGGACCAGCGGGGGCCAUCCCUCUGGGCAAUGCCGGCGGUGUCACGAGUGGCACCGAUGCCGGAAGUAACAACGGCAGCACGGCCCCGAAGGAGGAUCUCGGCGAUAUGACGUUCUUCAUGCCAAACUUCUCACGCGAAGUUCUCAAGAUGAUGUUCAUGAUGCGCUCCCAUCACAUGCUGACGGAUGUGGCGCUUGAGGUCGAACAGGAAACGUUCAAUGCGCACAAGGUCGUUCUUUCGGCCGCUAGUCCGUAUUUCAAGGCCAUGUUUACCGGCGGUCUGAAGGAGUGCGAGAUGGCACGGGUAAAGUUGCAAGGCGUCUGCCCGACGGCCAUGGCGCGUAUUCUGUUCUUCAUGUAUACCGGGCAUAUCCGUGUGACGGAGUUGACCGUUUGCCAGCUGUUACCGGCGGCCACGAUGUUCCAGGUGCCAAGCGUAAUCGACGCGUGCUGUGAGUUCCUCGAGCGUCAACUCGAUCCGACUAACGCGAUCGGUAUCGCCAACUUUGCGGAGCAGCAUGGCUGCGAAAAGUUGCGCCAAAAGGCGAAUCAGUUCAUUGAGCGCAACUUUACACAAAUAUGUCGCGAGGAAGAGUUUCUGCAAUUAUCUGUGAUUCAACUGAUAUGUCUUAUUCGCAAGGACGAACUAAAUGUUCAGGGCGAACGGGACGUGUACGAUGCGGUACUGAAGUGGGUCAAGUACGACGAGGAUAAUCGUUAUCCACGAAUGGAACACAUUCUGUCAGCAGUCCGGUGCCAGCUGCUCACUCCCAGCUUCCUCAAGGAGCAGAUGAAGAAUUGUGAGGUGUUGCGGAAGGCUCCAGGGUGCCGGGAGUAUCUAGCCAAAAUCUUCCAAGACCUAACGCUACACAAACGGCCCGCCGUCCGAGAGCGCAAACCGAACACAACACGGAUGAUCUUCGUUGCCGGAGGCUACUACAAACAUUCCCUCGACAUGCUGGAAGGCUACAAUGUGGAUGACAAGGUGUGGCUAACGCUACCGAAGCUGACGGUGCCACGGUCGGGCUUGGGUGCUGCUUUUCUCAAGGGUACGUUCUACGCCGUUGGUGGACGCAAUAACUCGCCGGGCUCGUCUUACGAUUCCGACUGGGUCGAUCGCUACAAUCCAGUGACGGAAACGUGGCGACCCUGUUCUCCCAUGUCCGUACCACGCAACCGGGUCGGUGUGGUGGUGAUGGACGAGCUGCUGUAUGCCGUCGGCGGAUCAUCGGGUUCGGAAUACCACAACACGGUUGAGUAUUACGACCCUGAAACGGAUCGCUGGACGCUAGUACAACCGAUGCAAUCGAAACGCCUCGGUGUCGGAGUAGCUGUCGUCAAUCGACUGCUGUACGCCAUCGGAGGCUUCGAUGGUAAGACGCGCCUUGCCACGGUGGAGUGCUAUCACCCGGAGAACAACGCCUGGACGUUGGUACCACCGAUGCGCUAUGGUCGCAGUGGUGCCGGUGUGGCAGCAUUGCAUCAGUACAUCUACGUGGUCGGUGGUUUCGAUGGCACGCGGCAGCUGGCGACGGUUGAGCGGUAUGAUACGGAGCAGCAGUGCUGGGAAAUGGUGGCCCCAGUGCGUAUUGCCCGCAGUGCUCUCUCGCUGACCGUACUCGAUGGUCGGCUAUACGCCAUCGGUGGCUACGAUGGACAGGACUUUCUUACCAUUGUCGAGGUGUACGAUCCGGUACGCGACGUUUGGGAUGAAGGCACACCGCUUACGUCGGGACGCAGUGGUCACGCAUCGGCCGUCAUCUACACACCAUCCUGCAUAUCCAGCUAUAUGGAGGGUUUGAAUUUGUGCGAAGAAAAGCGCAAUGAUCCCUCCUCCGGUGGGGCUGCUUCUGGCGGUGCUCCGCCAUCUGGUUCUUCAUCAGCGGCUUCCAGGGGGAACGAUGGUGGCCGGUCGGCCUCAUCGAAUCACGCCGGUUCGAGUGGUAGUAGCGGAGGAAGUACGAACAGAGACGGUGGUGGCACUGUUGGCCGGGCGGGAGGGACAAGUGACGCAAACGUAAUCGAGGAGGAAGAUCGACAACAAUAUGCCAUGGAUACCGAUUCUAGUCAAGAGGAAUGUGAUAAAGAAGGCGACGAGAAGGGUGUGGCGUCAUCGCAACAUCGGACCGUACCAAUCGAAGGAGCACCGCCACCCGAGGUGCCGAUAUCGUUGUCCACACGCCAACAUUCUCCUCCAUCGCCAGUACUACCAACAUCAGCACCAUCACCACAAGUUCCUUCUAGCUUGGGCCGCCUCAAUCGAUCACUCAGUUUACUCAAUGGCGGCGGCGGUGAGCCGGUUAUUGUGCGACAGUGUGGCUUAGCUCGUCGAGUACUCUCCUGUCGGAGGUCGAAGCGUUGCAGCGAAAAGGAUCGUUCCAAGCCACCGAAGACCCAACACAAGCGGAGUUCGUCUUCGGGCACUUGUAAUAAGACUACCGUUUCCGUUACUGGCACUCUCGGUAUCGGUACUGGCAGCAGUUGCAAGAGCAAAAGGAAAGCCUCCUUGAACGGCGGAUCACCAACCGAUGAUGAUGAUCAUUGUCCGUUGGUUCGAUUAAAGAAGCGCUUGACCUGCUUCAUGUCAGCGAUCGUCUCGCCUAGCUCAACCAACAACACCGCCACUCCAACCACACCCCCACCCUUGGCUAUCGAUCCGAUGGCAGUGGAUGCCGGGGGAGCUUCCCGAUCGCAGCAACGAGAUGAGCGGUACCAUGGCAGUGAUAAUGCAAGCACCACAGGAGUAUCUCUAUCGUUGAGUUCCAAAUUAUGACAUUCGUCACUACACUGUCGCACAGUAGCAGCGCCUCAAUGAUGAGGGAGAGCUGUUUCCCUAACCCAGUCGAUCUAUCGAAUCUAUGCAGUAGCGCAGGUGCAAUGGACAUGUGUAUGCGUUUGUGUGUGUGUGUGUGUGUGUGUGGCGACACUUCAUUCCACCGAUCGAAGCAGUCCAAGAAGAGUGGAUCGAAUCUUAAAAAGAAAAGCAACCAAGGCACAAAGUAGUAGGCUAUCGGUAAGCGGCUUUUCAGUCGUUCUUCCAUUCGGUGGAUUUGAUCCUAUCCCAAUGCUGAUGCCAUUGUGAAGUUCGUUCUACUAAAAACCGUUGGUGCGCGUGACGUUCAGUCCGUCUAUCGGUGUGUCUUAUACUGUGUAUAAGACCGGUGGUGGGCUCCACGUCUCCCGAACCAAUCUCGGUUGGCUCUCCAAUCACGGCUACA